UACUUCCCAGCAUGCCCCGCUCUCUUGGGGAGCUGCUACGGGGAGCAAAGCUCCCAGCCGACUUUUCUAAUCAGUCUGGCGGCAGUUUGGAGCCUGUUCACUUUUACUCUAAACACCAGAGCCAGGAAUGUGUCCCGGAGCCCGCAGGAUUGGGUGACCUAACAUGUUUUAGGGGAAUCCUGGGAUGUAACUGAGUCUAGGACGAGCAAACUUGCGAUCAUGGAAACCGUUGUGAUUGUCGCCAUUGGCGUGCUGGCUACCAUUUUUUUGGCCUCAUUUGUGGCCUUGGUUGUGGUCUGCAGACAACGUUACUGUCGGCCCCGAGAUCUGCUCCAGCAUUAUGACUCCAAACCAAUCGUGGACCUAAUUGGUGCUAUGGAGACCCAAUCAGAACCUUCCGAGUUAGAACUGGAUGACGUCGUUAUCACCAACCCCCACAUCGAGGCCAUUCUAGAGAAUGAAGAUUGGAUUGAGGAUGCCUCGGGCCUCGUAUCUCAUUGCAUUGCUAUUUUGAAGAUCUGCCAUACUCUGACAGAAAAACUUGUUGCCAUGACAAUGGGUUCAGGGGCAAAGAUGAAGACUUCUGCCAGUGUCAGUGACAUCAUUGUAGUGGCUAAGCGGAUCAGUCCCAGAGUGGAUGACGUUGUGAGAUCCAUGUACCCUCCGCUGGACCCUAAGCUUCUGGAUGCCCGCACAACUGCUCUCCUUCUGUCGGUCAGUCAUCUGGUGCUGGUGACCAGGAACGCCUGCCACCUGACCGGCGGCCUGGAUUGGAUCGACCAGUCAUUGUCAGCAGCCGAGGAGCACUUGGAAGUGCUCCGGGAAGCAGCUUUGGCCUCUGAGCCAGAGAGGGGUCUCCCAGGUGCUGAGGGCUUCCUUCAGGAGCAGUCUGCCAUCUAGCUGUGGCUAGCUUGCCACAGGGGAGCAGACUUCUGGCACUCCAGUGAAUCUUUAGUUUUUGGGUUUUUCUGUAGGAUUUAGUCGGCUCGCUCAGCUCCCAAGUGAAGCUCUUUGUGCAUACGUGAGUAUGGCAGCACGACCCACUGGCAGCUAUGGUUACCACUGGUGGCCAGUGGUAAUGUGGUGUAGAGAUCAUAGUGUUUAACUGGCUGUCACUUUUAGGGUUUGAGCAUUUCCUCUUGGCCCCAUGCCCACACAUUGGGUACGCUGCCACAUCUGGAUUGUCCCAUCUUAGCAACGGUCUGGUGGUCUGCAUAAUUAAGUGCUUCUUAGUUAACGGAAUUUCAUUGAUAUGAGACAUAAUCCUGGAAAUAUGGAAGGAGGGGCUCCUUUCUCCAGAGAUGUGUUUGGCAAAUAACAAAAGAAGUUGGUGGGAAGGGGGUGGGUGGGUACUUUUCAGUGGGUACUUUUCAGUCAAUGAACCUUAGGGGACUCAGAAUUGAAGACCUUGAAGUCUCAAGGAUAUAUAAUGGAGCAUCAGUCAUAGAAAAGUGGCUUUGGAGCCAGGAAAAACUGGGUGCUUCUCUGUUUCAUCUCUGAUAAGCUGAUGGGGUGGACAAGUUGCUUAACACCUAUGUCUUGGGCAACUGGACUAGAAAUCGAAAGCAAUUUCCAACCUGGGAGAGGGAAUUUCCUUAUAGAGAAUUUCUUAUACCUGUGAAUGAGGGAAGGAAAUAAGCAUUUAUUAAAUCUCUAUUAUGUACCCAUAA